AUGGCGUGCACUCUUCGCGUUAGCACGUGUCCCCUGUCGUCGUCAGCGUUCGUCACUCGAAAGUGUGUGCGCAGCCACGUGGCACUAGCUGUUGCCACCAAUGGUAAAGGACGCGCUCUCGUGGUUCAGCCGCGGGCACAGGCGUCGGAUAAGGAGAGCGCACCGAAGAAGGGGCGAGUAGACACCCUCUUCGACGGCUCCUUCGAAUACACCUCCUGGUACGUGGUGUUCAAUGAGCUCACAGCGCUCGGGCUCAAGAGCGUGUCACCAGAGGAAGCAGCAGCCAUGGCCUACGGCGACAACGAGGCCGGGGAGGGCAGUGGGAGCGGGCGGGCAGUGCUGCUGGACGUGAGAGAAGCGGGGGACUACGAGGAGGUGCAUGCACAAGGAGCAGCGAGUGCGCCACUCUUCCGCCUCAUCCAAGGCAGCGACCUCACGGCGUGGGCCCGCCGCGUGGGAUACGCUGCGAUGGGGGACUUCAAGGGCACGGAGCGGAACCCGGACCUGCUCAAGCAGGCGGAGGCGGCGGUCGGGGGCGAUAAGAGCCGCACUGUGAUUGUGAUGUGCGGGCGAGGGGGGACGCUGCAGAACGUGUCGAUGCGGAAAGGCAUGGAGUUCAGGGAUCCGGACAAGCGAUUCGGCAUUCAAUCCAGGUCGCUCAAGGCGUGCUAUGAGCUGCAUGUGGCGGGGUUCAGCAGCAUUCUCCAUCUGGACGGCGGGCUCAACCUCUGGCUGCACAAGAAGCUGCCUUCCGAGCCAUAA